AUGCAUUUCGUCUCAAAAGAGACCACUCCCGGCCAGUCGGUCGUCGACAACCAAAUCGAUCCGAUACGGCGCAGUGAUCUGCUGACGAAAUCCAAGGCCAGCAUCAAUGCAUUGGAUCAGCUCAGCCCCAAACGCGAAACAAACGACCCGCUUGCACGUCACGGCGGUAUUGGCAUUGGGCGGGAGGACGACCACUCAAGGUUCCUGGACUGUGCAUCGCUGAGAUAA